AUGAGAUCCCACCUGAGCCACCGUCCCUCGAUCUGCCUUCUUCCCCUGAGCGACGCUGCCGUCCCUCGAUCCCACCCCUCCCCUUCUUCCUCUCCGCCGGUGACGCCCUGCGCCCAUUCACCACUGCGCCCUCCAUUCCUGGAUCUCUGUCGGCCACCUUCUCCUGGAUCUCCGAAGCCACCUGCUCGCCCUCCAUUCCCCACUGUGGCCAGAUCGAGAUUUCCCCCUCGAAUCCCCGCCGGCGACCACCUCUCCCACCACUGGUGCCCCAUCCUCUGCCUCGAGCCCUCACCGCCACGCCCCCGCAGUACUCGCCCUCGACGCCACGCCGCGGAGCAGCACGCCGCCACGCCCUCGACGCCACACCCUCGCCACGCCGCGGAGCCGGAGCAGGAGGAGCACGCUGCCACGCCCUCGACAGCUGACGCCGCUGCAGAGGACCGACGCCGCGCAUCCUUCCAAGAGAUUGCCGCAGCGACGUCCAUCGUCACGCGCACCUUGGAGCAGCAGCUGGAGAAGCACGCUGUGCCGCCCUCGACCGCUGAAGCCACCACAGAAGACCGCCACCGAAUUUGCACACAGGCUGAGACUUGGAGCAGGAGCAGGAGAAGCACACCGCGUCGCCCUCGACUGCUAACGCCGCUGCAGAAGACCGCCGCCACAUCCUCCAAGGUAGCCCUCGAUGCUGAUGGUGCUUGCUGCUGUUGCUUGCUAUUGCUGCUAGCUUGUUGCUUGCUGCUUGUUAGCUGCUGCUUCUUGCUAGCUGCUGCUUGCUUGCUAGCUGCUGCUUGCUGCUUGCUAGCUGUCUGCUGCUCAUUGCUUGCUAGCUGUCGCUUGCUUGCUAUCGCUUGCUAG